UGGACAGCCUCGCGGGCCACCCCCUCGAGGGGCGUCCUGAAGGAAGGCAGAGAUAGCCAAUGGACGUGCCUGAGGCGCCCCGGCCCGCCCUCCCCCCCAGCCAAUGGGGGCGUGGAGGGCGGGGCCUCCCCGGGCUCGGCCGCGCCGCCUCCUCCUCCGCCUUCUCCGCCUCCUCCUCCUCACCGGCGCUAAACCCGGGACUGGACCGAGCGGAGUUGUGCGUGUUGCCGAAGGGGGGUGGGCCGGGGGAGGGGAGGUUCGUUCCGUGGAGCCGCAGCCAGAACCGGGACCGGGAAUCACCUUCAGGCCAAUCUGGUGAAGCUUUGGCAGAAAUUAAGGAGGAAAACAUUUCUUUUGUUCUUUAGCAUGGAUAAAUGUUCAUUGGGAGGAUUAGACUUGACUGAACAGACUCCUGUUUUAUUAGGGAGUAAAGCCAUGGCGGCUAGUCUCACGGAUGUAGGAAAUUCAUUUGGUGACUCAACUAGUCCUUUAGUUAACAGAUCUAGAAACUCAUCGACGGAAGAUGAUGAUGAUGAUGAUGUUGUAUUUAUUGAAUCUAUACAGCCUCCUUCAAAUUCUCCUCCAGCAAUAGCUGAUCAAAGAAACUUUAAAUUUGCUUCAUCAAGAAAUGAAAAGCUACGAGGAAAUUAUUCCGUAAUUCUUCCUUCCUCAAGAGAGUUGGCUUCUCAGAAGGGAAAUAUAAGUGACACAAUUGUCAUUGAUGAUGAAGAGGAUGUAGAAACAAAUGGAGGGAAAAAGAAAAAUUCUUCCAGUUUUAUUGAGUGGGGACUUCCUGGAACUAAAAACAGAGCCAAAGAUUUGGAUUUCUCCACUUCCAGUCUUUCAAGAAGUAAGACCAAGACUGCAGUAGGACCUUUUAAUCCUGGUAGAAUGAAUGUGGCAGGAGAUGAAUUUCAGAAUGGAGGAUUUGCAACUCAUCACAGUCCUGAUUCUUGGAUCUCCCAGUCAGCAUCAUUUCCCCGUAAUCAGAAACAGCCAGGGGUGGAUUCUUUAUCACCAGUGGCCUCCCUUCCUAAACAGAUUUUCCAGCCUUCAGCCCAACAGCAGCCCACUAAACCAGCUAAAAUCACUUGUGCAAACUGCAAAAAACCUUUACAGAAGGGACAGACAGCUUAUCAACGAAAAGGAUCAGCUCACCUCUUUUGUUCUACCACCUGCCUUUCCUCCUUCUCUCAUAAGCGUACUCCAAAGAAGCGCAAUGUAAUAUGUAAAAAAGAUGCACCUACAAAAAGGGCUACUAUUGUUCCUCAAGUGGAGUCAAGUGAAUUCUUCCAAGAAUUGUGUAGUAUAUCUUGUUUGUCUCCCUAUGAAGACAACCAGAAUCUUAGGAAAAGAGUUCUGAAUAAAUCAAGAUGUACAAUCUGUAGUAAACUAACAGAGAUUCGUCAUGAAGUCAGCGUUAAUAAUGUGACACACAAACUGUGCAGUAACCAGUGCUUUAAUAAGUACAGGUUGGCCAAUGGUCUCAUAAUGAAUUGCUGUGAACAGUGUGGCGAGUACUUGCCCAGUAAAAGUUCUGGGAACAACAUCCUGACCAUUGAAGGUCAGCAGAUGAGAUUUUGCUGCCGAAGUUGUGUUAAUGAAUAUAAACAGAUGAUGGAAACAAAAUUGAAAAAGUUACCAGCAUCAGAAAACAGAAAAAGGAAUGCUGUUACAGAAAAUGAAAGAAAAUUAUAUGGAUCGUUGAAUACAAUUUUGGAAAAAAUAGAGGGAAUACCAGAGAAAAAGGAAAAGACUUUAGAUCUACAGGUUUCAGCAGAAUGUAGCACAGAUACAUCACUGAUCAAACAGGAUGUGAAUUUACCUUCUUUUAUGUCAACCAUAGCUGAUAAAUUUCAAGAGCAACUGGAAGAGAAAAAAUCAGAGGACUCCAUUAUACCAGCUGUGCUUUCUGCAGAUCCAGGUACAUGGCCUCGCACUUUGAAUAUUAAACAACGGGACACUCUUGUUGAAAAUGAUCCACCUCAAGUAAGAAAUUUUAACUUUCCGAAAGACAAUACAGGGAGAAAAUUUUCAGAAACUUAUUAUACACGAAUUCUUCCAAAUGGUGAAAAAACCACUAGAUCCUGGUUACUUUAUUCAACCUCGAAGGAUUCUGUGUUUUGUCUAUAUUGCAAACUCUUUGGGGAAGGAAAAAAUCAACUGAAGAAUGAGAAUGGGUGCAAAGAUUGGCAGCAUUUAUCACAUAUUCUUAGCAAACAUGAAGAAAGUGAAAUGCACAUCAACAAUAGUGUUAAGUAUUCAAAAUUAAAAUCUGAUUUGAAAAAAAAUAAAACUGUUGAAACUGCAGAACACAGAUUACAAGAGAAUGAGAAAAAUGAUGGUGUACUAUUGUUAUACACAUAGUAUACCUGAUUUGGUUUUUGACAUGACAGUCUUACAGUUACUCAGGAAAGAUCUGUACCCUAACAGUACCAUUUGUGUUGUGAGGCUCCUAUACAGAAUAACUUGCAACAGCUCAUUAGCAAUAAGUAUAAUAGUAAAGAAUGUUGCUGUUUCAAAUUCUGAAGCUAAUUGGAUUUAAUAGUAAUUAAUGCCUAUUUCGAUAAAGGCAAUUAUUAAUUUUUUCAAUCUGCCGGUUCACUCCUUUUUAAAUUGGUAUUUGAGGACUGACAUUUGACAGAUUUGGUUAAUUUUCUGUUCUGAUUACCUUGAAAGAGGAAGAGAAAGGCGUAAAUUUAUCAAUACCAGUUUGAACAAGAUACUUAUGUGAACAACCAUUCUCAUCAUUAUUGUUAUUAAAGUAAAAACAUUCAGAAACAGUUUAAGAACAGAAUGGG